UGUCGGGAAUGCUGUUGUGUUGUUGACUCGGAGAGGGGCAUCUUUCUCUCGCGCGCAACUUUCCGUCGUCGCACGUUUACGGCAACGCGGCUCCGCUCGCGCACCUUUGUUCGCCGUAUACGCGCGCGUGAGAAGGACUGCUGCGUGCGCGUUUCCGCGGACGAUUCUGCGUGCGACGGAGGAGUCGCGCGGACCCGCUCGCGUGUGUGCCGUCGUCUUGAUUUGCGUCUCAUACCGGAUCUCGCUAUUUCAAUUCCGGGUGCAAUCCCGAUUUUCAUCCCGCUCGGCCGUAUAAGGUUUCACGCGUGGGAGACGCUCGUUCCCAGACCGUGACUACCUAACAUCGCGACAGGAUCGGGACGUUCUCGCCCGCUCGCACAGUGUGAUAGCUAUAUUGUGAUACAUCGCACAUAGAGAGCGAGAGAGAGAGAGAGCGAGAGCGAGAGAGAGAGAGAGAGAGAGAGAGCGAAGAGAGAGAGAGAGAGAGAGAACGAGAGAGAGAGAGAGAGAGAGAGAGAGUGAAGACAUGGCACAGCCAACGAGCAGCGCGUUACGGGCGCUCGCCCUGGAGUACAAGAGCCUACAGGAGGAGCCCGUCGAGGGCUUCCGCGUCAAGCUGGUCAACGAGGACAACAUGUUCGAGUGGGAAGUCGCGAUCUUCGGUCCGCCCGACACUCUCUACCAGGGCGGAUAUUUCAAGGCACACAUGAAGUUCCCACCGGAUUAUCCGUACAGUCCACCGAGCAUUCGUUUCAUGACAAAAGUUUGGCAUCCGAAUGUGUACGAGAAUGGUGAUCUGUGCAUAUCAAUUCUACAUCCACCCGUAGACGAUCCACAAAGCGGCGAAUUGCCCUGUGAGAGGUGGAAUCCAACGCAGAACGUCAGGACUAUCCUGCUGUCAGUGAUCUCGUUGUUGAACGAGCCCAACACGUAUAGUCCAGCCAACGUUGACGCAUCCGUGAUGUAUAGACGCUGGCGUGAUUCCAAAGGGAGAGACAAAGAAUAUGAAAAUAUCAUAAGGAAACAAGCUCAAGCUGCCAAGAUGGAAGCCGAAAAGGAAGGUAUUGUCGUGCCUGUAACUCUGGAGGAUUAUUGCAUAAAGACUCGAGCGAGGCCGGCCGAACAACAACUAGAUAUGACGGACUUCUACGAUGACGAGUACGAGUUGGAUGAUGAUGAAGAUGAGCAGUUGAGCGCGACCGAUUACGAGGAUGGUGAUGAUAGUGGUAAUGGGGAAUCGUGAUCCAUUUCUUAAAUGAUAAUAAAAGCCCGCGAAUCGCUAAUUAUUAUAUAUC